UUUAUUAAGCUUUCAUUCAUUUAUUAUCUUUAUCCCAUUUAUUAUCUGUGAUUAUUUAUUUCACUUAAAAAAAACACACUAUAGUCUGUCACGUUAUUUUGAUUUUCACAAUCAUAAUCAUGCAAAAUGCAUGAAAACAUUUCAUUCGUAUUGAGUGCUAAAAGAGUACAUAUCUGUGAUUGAAUAUAAACAUGGAUCUUUUUCAGUUUUGCCGUGAACUUCCCAAAGUUGUUCCAAAUUUAAAUCUACUUUAGAAGAAAUUAGCAGAUAAAUCACCAGACAGUUGGAGACACUGGUUGCAGAUCAAACAGAUGUGUACAAUAGCGAUGUUGCUGAAGGGUACCUAUCUUAUUCCAAAAUCCUGGUAAUAUUUAUGCGAAAAUUGGAACUUCAUGCCCAUUUAAAUGGUUCUUUGAGCAAAUCUACUAUGCUUCUGCUGAAAAGGCUUAAUGCCGAUUCUGGCAUUAAAGAUGAGACUAACACAUUUAUGGAUGAAUUUGUUAUGGGAGCAGGUGACACAAGAAGUUUAUCAGAUUGCUUUCAAAUAUUCAGUAUUGCACAUGCACUAACCACUACACCUCAAGCUUUGCAAAUGGCUACCAGUCUGACUCUCCGAGAAUUCCAGGAUGACGGAUGUUGUUAUAUAGAAUUAAGAAGCACGCCUCGGGAUACUCCACAUAUGAAUAAAAAUCAGUAUGUUGAUGCAAUCGUCAAAGGAAUAAAAAAUCCUGAAAACUUGAUUAUCUCGAGAUUAAUUAUUUCGAUCAAUAGAACUAUGGUAACAGCUGAGUGUGAUGCCAUUACAGAUCUAGCAAUUGAAUAUCAUAAGAAAUAUCCUGACAUAGUAGUUGGCAUUGAACUUAGUGGAAAUCCAAUUGUUGGGGAAUUCCAAAAUUUCUUGCCUGCCUUAACUAGGGCAAGAGAUGCUGGUUUGAAGGUAUCACUUCAUUGUGGUGAGGUGCGGAAUCCUAAAGAAGUGCUUGACAUGAUCAAUUUUAAACCAGAGAGACUUGGCCAUGGAGUAUGUAUCCAUCCAAAAUUCGGUGGCACACAAGAGACUUGGCAGGCUUUGUGCAAUUCUUUAAUACCUGUUGAACUUUGUCUAACUAGUAAUGUUAACACUAAAAGUGUAUCAGGAUAUGAAUCACAUCAUUUCAAAGAGCUUUAUGAAGCUGGUAUUCCUGUGAUUAUCAAUACUGACGAUAAAGGCGUUUUUGCAACAUCUCUUUCUCAAGAAUACAUGUUGUGUGCUGAGACUUUCCACUUGGAAAAGGAGCAAAUUGCUCGUCUCGCCCUUAGUGCAUGUCAGUACAUAUUUGAUACAGAAUGUAGAGAUACUGUCAAAACCAAAGUUUUGGAAUUUAUGAAUAAACACUAUAUAUGUUCAUACUGAUUUGUUUUACUUAUU